AUGGUGUGCGACGGCGGCUACUUCCUGGAUCAAGAUGUGUCGAGAUGGGACGCGCCCUUUUUCUCUUGCUCCGUUUCAGAGGCUCGCGCCCUUGAUCCUCAGCAGCGCCUACUUCUCGAGGUUGCCUAUGAGAGCCUAGAAAGUGCGGGAAUACCAAUCGAAGCUAUAGCAGAAACGGAUACCGCCUGCUUCGUGGGUGGCUGUUCAGAAGACUAUCGGGCCGUCAUCUCCAGGGACGCUCAUGCGGCACCACAAUACGCCAGGACUGGCAACUCGCUCUCCAUGCUCGCCAACCGCGUCAGUUGGUUCUUCAACCUGCGAGGUCCGUCCGUAACGUGCGAUACGGCCUGCUCCAGUUCAUUAGCGGCCCUGCACCUGGCUUGCGAGACAAUACGGUCCGAGUCGAACCCAACCCGUUGUGCGCUGGUAGGAGGAGCAAACCUCAUCUUACAUCCUGAUGAUCAAUGUGCGCUCAAUGCACUCGGAUUCUUGAGCCCCGACAGUCGCUGCUUCUCCUUUGAUUCGAGAGCAAAUGGCUACGCACGGGGAGAGGGCAUUGGCAUGAUUGUUCUCAAGCACAUUGAUGAUGCUCUUCGAGACGGUGACCCUAUUCGCGCCGUGGUGCGCGGGACCGGUCUCAACUCUGACGGCAGGACUGCCGGCAUUGUCCUCCCAAACGCGGAGGCACAAGAAAGGCUAAUCCGCGACACAUACAAGCUUGCUGGACUUGGCAUGUCGGACACGCAGUACGUCGAGCUUCACGGCACGGGUACCAAGGUUGGCGACCCUGCCGAGGUCAGCGCCGUUUCCAAGACGAUUGCUGGCCAUGGCAAGACCGUCUAUUGCGGCUCAGUCAAGUCGUGUAUUGGACACACAGAAGGUGCGGCGGGUAUCGCAGCCGUCAUCAAGUGCGUUCUCUGCCUCGAGAGAGGCGUCAUCACCCCCAACCUCAACUUCAUCAAAGCGAACCCUCGACUACGGCUCGGCGCCUCGGGCAUUGAGAUAGCCACCUCGACGAUACCUUGGCCGCGGUGUAAAGUACGGAGAUGCUCCAUUAACAACUUUGGGUUUGGCGGCACCAACGCCCACGCCAUCAUCGACGAUGCGUACAACUACCUUCGACUGCGAGACAAGCUGCCCGCCUCCAUGUCGACAAAGCUGCUUCAUCCGAGAGAGUCGGCAAAGAUACCGCAAUCUCGACUAUUUGUGCUUUCGGCCCCCGAGCAGGAUGCUGUCACCCGGCAACGCCUGGCGCACGCCGACUAUGUCGAACAUGAAUCGCGCUUCACUCGCGAUACGCUACCGCACCUUGCCAGCACCCUAAGUCAGCGUCGGUCCAUCUUCCAGUGGAGGCAUGCCGUCGUUGCGAGCUCAAAAGACGAGCUCUCGGUCCGAUGGAGGGAUGGCAGCGUCAAGCCACUCAAGGCCGGUGCCUGUCCGAACGUUGCCUUUGCCUUUACAGGGCAGGGCGCUCAAUGGUACGCCAUGGGCCGCGAGCUGGUUUCCUACCCUGUCUUUGCCUCCUCGCUUCGUCAGUCAGCCACGUGCCUGACUGGCAUGGGGUGCUCGUGGGAUGCUUGGGACGAGCUGAUGGCCGGGGAGGGCGAGUCCAACGUGAACAAGGCCGAGUACUCGCAGCCGCUUUGCCUGGCACUGCAGAUUGCCCUCGUCGACCUGGCUCGGCAAUGGGGCGUCAAGCCUUCGGCCGUAGUUGGUCAUUCGUCGGGAGAGAUUGCCGCUGCCUACGCCGCGAGUGCGCUGUCUCGCGAGGACUGCCUCAAGGUUGCGUAUCACCGCGGCCUUGCCUCCAACAUGGCCAAGGCGCGCAAACCAAAUGGCUCUAUGCUGGCAGUAGGCUUGUCUCCACGAGACGUCGAACCAUAUCUAACAACAACCGGAGAUGCUGUUGUCGUUGCCUGCAUCAAUAGCCCCGAAAGCGUGACGCUCGCAGGCGACAAGGCCGCCCUGCAGGACCUUGAGGCGCAUUUCAAGGAGCAACAGAUCUUUUGUCGUAUGCUACAGGUUGAAAAUGCCUAUCACAGCCCCCAGAUGUUCAGCGUCAGGGAAGAAUACAAGGCGCAGAUCAGUGACAUUUCACCCCAGAGCGAGUCGUCGUCAGUCAUGUUCUACUCCACGGUCCGUGGCUGUCGAAUCCCGACGGCUCAGCUCACGGCCGACUACUGGGCUGACAACAUGUGCUCGACUGUCCUAUUUCUUGACGCUCUCGACGACAUGCUAUAUGCAGAUAUUGAAAGCAGGCAACGGAAGCCCAAGUCCGAGACGCCGAGCUUGAUCCUUGAGAUUGGACCUCACGGGGCGCUGGCGGCACCAAUCAAGCAGUUCAAGGUUGCCCGUGGAGGGAUGGAGGAUUUAUCGUACCAUUCCCUCCUCAGUCGGGGACAGGACGCAACUGUAACGUCCAUGGGUGCUGCUGGGUCUCUAUGGGCCAGGGGCGUUCCGGUCAAACUGAAUAUGGUCAACAAUGUCGGCGAGUUCUCCAACGUCCUGACAAACGCGCCCAGCUACCAGUGGAAUCACUCAGCAUCAUACUGGCAUGAGAGCCGGCAAUCCAGAAACCACCGUUUCCCCGAGUUUCCCAGGCACGACCUGAUUGGCAUGCGGCUGGAUACUUGUAACCCACUCGAGCCCGUUUGGAAGAACCACUUGCGUGUCUCCGAGCUGCCUUGGCUUCAAGACCAUCGUAUCCACGGAGACAUUGUGUUCCCCGCAGCAGGGAUGAUCUGCUCCUUCAUUGAGGCAGCCAAACAAGUUGCACACUCCGAGGGUUCCAGCCAUGUCGUGUCAGGCUUCGAGCUGCGUGAGCUUUCCGUGACCAAGGCCCUCGUGAUCCCCAACAAUGAUACCGGGACUGAAGUACACGUCUGCCUCAAACGGCGCAAGGUAGGCAUGGACGAUGCGGGGCCUUGGUUCGAAUGCUCGUACUACUCGUGCCAGGAGGACGAUGUGUUUGUUCAGCACGCCGCGGGGCUUCUGCAAAUCGAACGCUCCAAGGAGGCCGCCGCAGUGGACAGGGGGAAAGAAGAGAGGGAGGAGAUUUUGGCGUUUCAAAAACGUUGGGACUCACAGCGUGCAAUGUGCGAGAAACCAGUGACGCGUUCCAGCCACUACAAAUUCUGUGAGGAUCAAGGCCUGUGUUUCGGCAAGACCUUCCAGGGCCUGACCAAGGUUCGGCAGAAAGAGUCGACUGUAGCUUUUGAAAUCAAGAUUGCUGACACGCGCGCGUGUAUGCCGGAGUUUCGAGAGAGCGACUACGUGGUUCACCCGGCGACACUGGAUGCGGUGCUUCAGGCCAUGAUGGUUGUGGUCCCCAGAAUGGACGGCAUCGAGAGCCAACUCUGGGUUCCCACGGGUGCUGCUUCGAUGCGCAUCUCGAAUGACAUUUCUCGGGCGCAUGGCGCCGUAUUGCAAGGUGUUGCCGAAUCGUCUCAUACAGGAGUGCGCGAGAUGACGGGGUCUCUACUCGUAAGAGACGGGCGACAAGGCACACUUCCCGCCAUCAUCAUGAACGACUUCAAAUUCAGCGGACUUGGGACCGCGCAGAAAUCUCCCUCUCAAUCGGAUGGCUCGCUCUCAACUCUGUACGCGUCUGUCACCUGGAAGCCGGACUUGAGCCUUGUCGACGACCAGAGUCUGCGAAGCAUGGUCGUCCGGGACCACCAAGGCGAAGCUGCCAACAUGGUGCAGUUCUGCUCGGAAGCUUACAGCCUUGUGAACCAAUUGUGCAGACUGGCGCUUCCAAAACUUGACUGCAGCUCCACGUCCCUGCCGCCUCAUCUGCGUAAAUACGCCGCGUGGGUUCGCAACCGCUGCAGCUACAAGAAGGCGGGCAUCGUGACACCCUCCGUCACAGCCGACGUCCCCAGUCCUCCCAAUGGUAGUCUCUCGGAGCCCGAGAACGUGGCUGCCUUCAUCUGCAAGUAUCCCGUCGACGGAACGCUCUUACUUCAUGCCUUCCACUCGCUGGGCGCCAUCUUCGCUCAAGAGAAAAGCCCCCUUGCCGCGCUGAUGGAGGCGGACAACUUCUCGCAAGCUUACCAAGCUGCCUACGGCUUGCACAUCAACACGCAGCUGUUCCAGCACUGGUUCGAUCUCAAGGCACACAAGCAACCGACUCUGCGCGUUAUUGAAAUCGGUGCGGGCACGGCUUCCACUACGCUGCCUGUCUUGCAGCGGCUAGGCCCGCGCCGGAGCGAGACGCCUCGCUUCUCCCAGUGGACGUUUACCGACAUCUCACCCGGAUAUUUCGAGAAUGCCAUGAAGGUCCUUCAGGACUGGAAGGGUCGCGUUGAGUACAAGGUGCUGGACAUCGACAAUGAUCCCACUGAGCAGGGGUUCGAUGCUGAGUCUUACGACGUGGUGCUUGCUGUUAAUGUACUGCACGCCACAAAGGACAUCAACAGGGCGCUGAAGCACUGCAAGAAGUUGCUCAAGCCGGGCGGCAACCUUGUCCUUGGUGAGUACACGAACCCGGACGACUUGUGUCACUUCGUCUUCGGAAUCCUGCCCGGGUGGUGGGCCGCCGAGGACGGUAGAGAAAACAGUCCGCUUCUCUCACAGUCCCAAUGGCAUGACGCGCUUCAGAUUGCCGGCUUCUCUGGCGCGGACGUGUGCCUCGCAGACAACGACGACCCGACCGCUCACAGGAUGUCGACCAUUGUCAGCACCAAGCCACGCGAAAGGAUUCCACUCAGAGACGUCAUUGUGGUUGUCAUGGUCAGCAGCAGCGGCUUGACCAAAAGUCUCGCCUCGGACGUUUGCCGUCGUUUUCAGCGACUUGGCCAUCGUGCAACGGUCAAGGACGUUGCGGCGGCAGUUGCAGACGCCAGCGGCAAGACGGUUAUCGCUCUUCUCGAAUACGACGAGCCAUUCCUUGGAAAAGCUCAACAAGUCGAGUUCGAGCAUGCCAAGCAUCUUCUCCUUCACAGUCGCGAGACGCUAUGGGUCACCCGAUCGGACCUUGCGGACAUGCCCGGCCAUCCUGCCAAUCGCAUCGUAUCUGGACUCAUGCGAUGUCUGAAGACGGAAGACUCGUCGCGCCGGCUGUAUGAACUGCACUUUUCUCGACCUCUGGAUGGCGAUGUGGAGACGGCCGGUGUUGCUGUGUGCCAGCGUCUUUGCACCAUCUGGGACGCUGACGGGGAUGGCGGCACGCUUGAUGAGAUGGAGACGGCGGAGCGAGACGGAGCCUUCUGUAUCCCGCGAUAUACGCCAGACAGGACUAUGAAUGACAGUAUAGCGCGUGCGACACGGUCUGUAGUCACGCCGGAAGUCGGCAGCCUCGUUCAGGCCGGCCGACCUCUGAAGAUGACCAUCGGACAGCCUGGCAUGCUCGACACACUUCACUUCGUUGAUGAUGAUGAUGGCCCUUUGUUGCGGCCGUUGCUCGAUGAAGAGGUUGAGAUUGAAGUGAGGGCUUGCGGCCUCAACUUUCUGGACAUCAUGGUCGCCAUGGGUCAGAUCCCGCGGCUCCUCUUCGGUCAUGAGGCUGCUGGCAUAGUCCGUCGCGUGGGUUCCAAAUCGACCAAGUUUUCUCCCGGGGACCGCGUCGUGUACAUCGGCCAAGGAGCCAUGCGGACUUGUAUUCGCUGUCAUGAAUCCAGCGCCCACAGACUUCCAGACGCAGUGUCGCUCGUGGAAGGUGCUUCGAUCCCUAUUGUUUACGCCACCGCGUACCAGUCCCUCAUCGAAGUGGCGAGACUGCAAAAGGGCGAAUCCGUGCUGAUCCACGCCGCUGCCGGAGGCCUGGGCCAGGCCCUCAUCCAAAUCGCAAAACUGUUGGACGCAGACAUCUUUUGCACAGUGGGCACUGAGCUCAAGAAGCAAGCCAUCGUUGCUCUAGGUGUCCAGCCUGAUCGCAUUUUCAGCUCUCGUGAUGUUUCAUUCGCCAAGGGCAUCAGGCGCAUGACUGACGGCCGGGGUGUUGACGUUGUGGUUAACUCUUUGGCAGGCGAGGCGCUGCGCCAGAGUUGGCAUUGCCUUGCCUCGCACGGCCGAUUCAUCGAGGUUGGCAAGAAAGAUAUGCUGUGCAACAACGGGCUCGACAUGCAGCCGUUCCUCAACAAUGCCAUGUUUGCUGGGGUCAACCUCGAGGCCAUGACGGUCAACGAGCCACUCCGGUGCUCCAGGCUCAUGUCCAAGGUGCUCAAGCUCUUUGAGCAAGGUGCCAUCGGCUCGAUACGGCCCAUUGCGGUGCACGAAUUUAGCAAAGUCGAAUCCGUCUUUCGAGAAAUGCAACGCGGAAGCCACAUUGGCAAGUUGGUCCUCCGGGUCACGCCUGAAUCAAAGGUUCUCGUUGCACCGAGAAAAUCGGCUCUCCUGCGGCUCAAACCCAAUGUGACAUACCUGCUAGUUGGUGGCCUGGGGGGAUUGGGUCGAGCUCAGGCUCUUUUCAUGGCAGAGCAUGGUGCUCGCCAUCUUGCAUUCAUCUCCCGCUCUGGAGCAGCACGGGCCGAAGCCGAAAUGACCGUGGCCAAGUUGGUUGACUCGGGCGUUGAAGUCAGGGUGUAUGCGGGCGACGUUGCCGACGAUGCUCGGCUUAGGGAAAUUAUCGAUGAUAUAUCCCACAGCAUGCCGCCCGUCAAGGGUGUCAUUCAGGGAGCCAUGGUACUUGCGGAUAGCCUGUUCCACAGGAUGAGCUACGACCAGUGGGUCGCCGCAACGCGACCAAAAGCGCAAGGGAGUUGGAACCUUCACAAGCUCCUUCCAAAUGAUCUCGACUUCUUCAUUCUUCUCUCGUCGCUGGCCGGUAUUAUCGGCUCCGUCUCACAGGCCAACUAUGCAGCGGGAAACACCUUUCAGGAUGCCCUCGUCCAUUACAGACGGCAGAGAGGUCUGGCAGCCCAGAGUAUCGACCUCGGCGUCAUCAAGGGCAUUGGUUAUGUCGAAGAGCACCAUGAUUCCGGAGCUUGGCGGAGCCCGCUUAGACUGACGGGUGUCGAUGAGCAACGAUUCAUACAUACCUUGCGAUGCGCAUUGGACGGAACCGCUGACGGUGUCAACUCAUUGGCACCGCAGCUGCUCGUCGGUGCGGGCAGUGGAGGCGUCCAACAGGCCUCGCGCAAGUCCGACCCCAGUGCCGGCUUUUACUGGUUGCGAUCGCUGCCGCACUUUGCUUAUCUGCGGCAAGUUGAUGUCAAGGACACGGACGACGCGGGCGACAACGAUGAUGAAGUCGGCGAGAGCAGGGACAUCAGACUGCUCAAGCUAUGCAAAUCCAUGGACGAGGCGAUCGAGGCGGUGCAGAAGAUCCUGGUGGCUAAGAUUGCCAGGAUCAUCUCCAUCCCCGUGGCGGAUAUCAACACGACCAAGCCGGUUUACACGUACGGGGUUGACAGCCUGGUGGCCGUCGAGUUGCGAAACUGGCUGUCCAUGGAGCUGAGGAGUGACCUGAGCAUCUUUGACCUGACGAGCAGCGCCCCUAUAAGCGAUGUGAGCAGGAAGAUUGCGGGCAGGUCUCAGUUGGUCCCUGCCGUCGUAAAGUCGUAGGAAUCAGGAUAGCGGAAUGGACAUGACUUCUUACAGUUGGAAAAGAGACCAGGCGAGAGCUUCCACUUUCGUUGUAGACAUGAUGAUGCUAUCGAUAUUGGGCCUGGCUGUGUCGAAGAGUUUACGGCAGCCAUAAAUUAAUGG